AUGCUGAUACUGACCGUUCUUCUGCAGAUCUUUCCAGCAGCAUCUGGUGUCAGUCACUAUUCAUCCCCUGGAUGUGGUCUAUGGAAAAACAAUUACUCCAACACUUUCCAAGAUGGGGAUUUCAUUGUUGGUGCAGUUCUUCAACUCAGUGAUUUCCAUUGGCGUUUUACUCCUUCACCAAUUCAAUAUCAAACGAAUAUUAUAUGUAUGAGUCUAUCUUCUCCUGGCUUCCCUCCUCUCAAGAUGAAACAGUCCUACAUUGCUAUACGGGUCAGCUAUGGCACUACAGAUCCCAUUUACAACGACAGAAUCCAGUUUCCAUCAUUCUAUAGAACUGUUCCGAAUGAAGUAUCAGAAAUGGAUGGGAUUGUGCAGAUGCUGAAGCACUUUGGUUGGAAGUGGGUGGGCCUCAUUAUAUCUGACAGUGAAAGUGGGGAACGAGCUCUUGACAGAAUAAGGAAAGGCAUAGAAAGUUAUGGUGGUUGUGUUGCCUUUUCUAUUUUCCUUAUGGAGAAAGUUUAUUUUUAUUUACUUCUUAACCUUAAAACACUUUCUGAUACAAUUAAUAAAGAGGGUGUUGAUGUGAUUGUUCUGGUUUUAACUCCAAUGCACAUCAAUGUCAUUAUACGAUUAUUUUCUUUAAGACAAGUCAAAAGGAAAAUUUGGCUCACAUCCUCCUUUUUCCCCACUGUCAUCCACUUUAUAGAUGGAAAUGUUAAAACCUUACUAAAUGGCACUUUGUCAUUAUCUGAUCAGGGAGGAGAGAUCCCUGGGUUUGAAACUUUUUUUUACAGAAUGACUCCCAUUAACUACCCCAAUGAUGAUGUAAUUACAACAAUAUGGGAAACAUUACAUGGAUGCUCAUUUACCGACUUUCUGAAGACUAAUACAAGUGUUCCAGUUCAGAAAUGUUCUGGCAAUGAAUCCCUGAAUAAUGAGGUUUUAUCAACGUUUGGUAAAUUUGACUUCAGAAUUGGUUAUCAAGUUUACACCGCAGUCUAUGCACUGGCUCAUGCCCUUCAUAAUCUGCUUUCUGUUCAAACACCAACCCAUCACCUGGAACCUGCAGGAAGUCUAAAUGAUAAAUUCAAGCCAUGGAAGUUAAAUUCUUUUAUUCACAAUGUGACGUAUAAAACUCCUUCUGGAAACAUCUUGUUCUUCAAAGAUAAUGGAGACCCUCCAGCUCGUUUUGACAUUGUUAAGUGGUUCUUCUUAAACGAUGAUUCUGUUUUACGCAGUAAAGUUGGAAGUUUUGAUGAGUCAAAUAAACAGAAUUACCUUUACAUUAAUUCCAGUGCUAAUUUGUGGAGUCCAUUCUUCACAGAGAUUCCACGGUCCCUAUGCAGUGACCCUUGUUCCCCAGGAUACAGGAAGUCUAAAAUAGAAGGGGAACCCCCUUGUUGUUAUGACUGUGUCCAGUGUGGAGAUGGGGAAAUGUCUAAUACUACAGAUGCAAUGACUUGUGUAAAAUGCCCUGAAGACCAGAAGUCCAAUGAGCAGAAGACUGACUGUGUUCCUAAAGCUCUUAAUUACCUUUCUUAUGUGGAUACUCUGGGGGUCAGUUUAACUUCAACUGCCAUAUUUCUCUUCAUCACAACUUCUGCAGUGUUGGGAAUCUUCGUAAAAUAUUGGGACACUCCUAUUGUAAAAGCCAGUAACCGAAAUCUCAGCUGUCUCCUCCUCAUCUCCCUCAUGUUGUGUUUCCUCUGCACUUUAUUGUUCAUUGGGCACCCAACUAAAAUAUUUUGUCUUGUUCAACAAGUGGCAUUUGGAGUUAUUUUUACUAUUUCUGUUUCUUCUGUGUUGGCUAAAACCCUGACAGUUAUUAUUGCCUUCAAUGCCACAAAGCCUGGGAGCAAGCUGAAGAAGUAUGUAGGAUUCAAACUGUCCAUUUUAGUUGUCUUUGUAUGUUUUUUGGGCGAGUCUAUAAUCUCUGUUGUAUGGAUGGCCUCCAGUCCUCCAUUUCCAGAUGUUGAUACUUAUUCUGAAGCUGACACCAUUAUCCUACUGUGUAAUCAAGGAUCUAUCAUUUUUAUCUUCUCUAUAAUUGGAUACAUUGGAGCUUUGGCAGUGAUGAGCUUCAUUGCCGCAUUUCUAGCCAAGGAUUUCCCUGACCGAUUUAAUGAGGCUAAAAACAUCACUUUCAGUAUGUUGGUGUUCUGUAGUGUGUGGGUGACAUUUGUCCCUGCAUACCUGAGCAGUAAGGGGAGUAGAAUGGUGGCUGUUGAGAUAUUUGCCAUCUUGUUCUCUAGUGCAGGCCUACUUACCUGUAUAUUUGCCCCCAAAUGCUACAUUAUUUUUCUUAGACCUGAACUGAACAUAAGAGAGAUUCGUGUCAGAAUUACUUAGUUUCUGAUGCAAUCCCUCAUUUUGACCUAAAAGCAGAGAUUUGCUUGAGGUACUUGAGUGUAGCAGUUAAUUAUACAAUACCUAAAGCCAGAUCUCAGUAAAGAAAUCUUUUAUUGUUAUAAACAUGAAACUCUGGAAGUCUUCCUCUAUUUGCACCAAGGAAGUCAUGUUAGUAAAUGCCAAUAACAAUUCAGCAACUAUCUGAGAUAUCACUUAGAGCUAACCCAGCCAUGGACUGUAAAAUGAUUGUACGUCAAAAAAUAAGGCAAGAUCACCAUAGAAAACAUUCUUUGCUUUGUCAAUUUUUUUUGUCUAAAUAAUGCCUUAAAUCCAUGGAAAUUAAUA